UGUGGACACAACUUGAAGUUCCUGUUUCUCAGCUUUUUCUUCAUCCGACUAUGACAAAGUCGAUGUCACCCACUUUCAUUCAACGCCAUCAGAAUUUCACCCUACUAAAAUGUUUUUUUGUUUAGUUAUUUUUUUGGAAAAUGAAAGAAUAUGUAUCUGACAAACUGGCACAGUUAAACCUUCAAUAAGAGAAUUCAACGCGCGAAUCGCCCGAGCUCACUGUAUUGCGUCUCCCCAAGCGCAAUGGAGCAGGCGUACAAGGACCUGUACCGGGAGUUCCUGCACCUUCAAUCGCUCUGUUUGAAACAGGCUUCCCUUCUCCACCACCUCACAGAGGCACUGGCCAAACAGAAAGCAGCGGCCCCUUCUCCUAAUGCAGGCCUCAGGGCCCCAGUGGCUGUCCCUGUCCUGCGUGUGCAGGAUAAAGGGGGCCCCACCUCAGAAAGCUGUGCUCAGGCCAUGGCAAGAUUGCUGCCCUCUGCUGGUCAGACUGAAGCCAGCACCUCUGCUGAUCCCAUUGCGGGAGUAAUGGACAGGCUGCAGUUGGAAGGCAGGGGAACACAGACCCACAGACUGGCCACCUUGGGUCCCCUGGCUCCUCCGGGUUUGAACGGAGAGCCGACACCCCCUGAUGGCGAGAGGGGCACACUGCGGCCAGAGCAGCAGUUGAGGGAGGUGUUCUACAAAGCAGUGGGAGGGAUAAACGAUUUUGAUGCUCCCGAUGGCACGGCAAGAAGAAGAAAGCCCCUGUGGAUGUUCAGCUCUUUCCUGGACAGUGAGAUGGUGAGCCAGGGCGGGGGGCUGAUGAUGUCAGAGGUGGCGCUGCAGUCCCAGGUGUGCGAGUUCUGCCACGCCGUCUUUCCGGGGAGCACCACCACGCGGGGGGAGUUCCUGCGACACCUCACCACCCACAUCUGAAAAGAGCCUCCGCAGGACUACAGCGACCACCCCAGAGACUGGAACACACAGGCCAAGCUUUAUAUCUAUCAUACCUCUAUCACACGCAUAUGAUUAUUCCUAAUGAAGCAUAGUGGUGUCAUCAAGCUUAAUUAGCAUACUCUAAUAUAAACAACUGUAUAUUUUGUGAGGAAUUACUUUAUUUGUGACAAUAUUUAAUAAAGUGUUUUGUUAAAUUAUAAACAGGUGUGAACGUGACAUUGUGAAUGUAAUGGACAAUGCAAGAAUAAGAGGCACAGUUCCUGACAAUGUGAAAUUAAUUUAGUCAUUAAUCUGAAAAUAAUUUGUCAUUACUAAUAUGGCAAACACCAUUAUUGGUGAAUUUGUACAUCAGAACUAACUCCUCUAGAAGUACUGUUAUUAACUUGUAGACCUGUCAUCCUUUUCUGCCAAAUGGUUUUUGAAAUGUAUUGGAUUAUUAAUUUCCCAUAUCUUGUAUCAAAAUAUGAAAUAUCUUUCUUAAAUUUCUUCCAGUUUUAGUACUUGCUGAGAAGAGGCAGGGAUGGAUCUGUACUGUGUUUUUGCCUACCUGUACAUAUAAAAGUGUGGAAUGCA